AUGGGUGUUUACGAUCCUGUACUGGGGACGCUGUUGAUCGGUGUCGCAGUUCAGUUCCCAGUUAACACGUACCUGUACGGCGUCGUAUCACACCAAUAUGUCCGUUACUACAGUUCCAAAUUCAACGAUCCUUUGAGAAUAAAAGUUUCUGUCUUAGCCCUUUUGACUUUCGACACCGUCCACACUGUUUUAAUGAUUUAUCUCUGCUGGGUUUACCUCGUCGACAACUUUGCAAAUCCUGGAGCUUUAUCCCAGCCCCAGUGGCCCUGCGGAUUCAUUCCAAUCGGGACAGCAAUUACAGCCAGCAUCACCCACACGUUUCUCGGCUUUAGGAUCUACGGAAUGCUGAAGAACCGCCCCUUGUUCGUCGUCAUACUUGCAUUGACCCUGGCGGAAUUCGCUACCGCCCUAGCGCUCAGCAUUCGGAUGUGGACACUGGAUCGCUUUACUCUCAUUCUAUUGCCAGGCUUGAAGCCGUUCAUCAUCCCGUGGCUGCUCAUCCAGUGCACGCUGGAUAUCAUCGUGUCUGGCGUCCUGUCAGGGUUCUUGCACCGUCAUAGAACAGGACACCUGCCCACAGACAGCGUCAUCAACCGCCUUAUUCGAGGGGCCAUCCAAACUGGAGCGUUCUCCACUAUAUUGGCGAUCACAGGUCUCAUUGUGUUCCUUGUUCGCCCCGACACCAUCCUCCACGCCAUGUUCAUGAUCCCAAUAGGGCGAACAUAUACGACGACGCUAAUGGAUACACUGAACGUUCGCACACAUCUCAAGGACAGGCUGAUGAACAGCGACGACAACGCUUUGCCUGACCAAACAUGGGGAAACGCAGCAAACCCCGAGUCCGGGAUCCUGGAGAAUUCCCGGCCCUUCAGUGCACGAGGAAGACUCUCUGAUGCUAGUCCAUACCUCCCCGCUUUCCCCAGAACAGAAUCUUUCGACAAUUUCUCAACCACUAUGACCACCAACAAGCCCUCGUCUCACCACCCCGAUUUCGAGUUCACCGCAUCCAUAACCCUUCCCAAGCCACCGGAAUCUAGAACUCGGGACUAA